UCCUGGCCGGAGUUGAGCCAUUAAAGAAUGUGGGCCGAGCUUGGACAGGGCUGGGCUUGGCCUUCUUCAAAUCCGGCCCAGAUUCGGGUUCUGGUUCCUACAUUUCAAUCACUUCCGCCCUAUGGGCUUUGGCUCCUGCAGCAACAGCAGCUUCCGUCUGCAAUGGCGAGCGUCACUCACAGACCAGCAGCAGGAAUGUAUAGAGCGAUCUCUCUCUUAAGAAGCUUGUUCAAUCCCUUCUACACCAGACCCUUCUCUUCUUCUUCGUCUUCUUCAUCAAACCCUACAACAGCUGCAGCAGCAACAGCUGCAAAUAAAGCGAAGCGGAAGAAGAAGAAGAACCUAUUCGAGGUCGCACAGUUUUUGCCCAACUGGGGAAUCGGGUAUCAGAUGGCCAAGAGUCACUGGAACGGCAUCUCCUACCAGAUUACCAAAAUCAAUCUCUACAAGGACGGGCGACACGGCAAGGCAUGGGGGAUUUUCCACAAAGAAGGAUUACCAGCUGCGGACGCUCCUAAGAAGAUCAGUGGGGUUCAUAAACGUGGGUGGAGGUACAUUCCAUACCCAAAGAAAACACCCGAAUCCAUUCCGAAACCAGAGGUGCAAGCUUGAGCUCUGUCCGUUUUAGCUAUCUUGGACUUUUAUUGAGGGAAGAUGCCGCUUUUUUUGGUCUUUUUUUCUCUUCAAAUUUUUGUGCUUGAAAAUGACAUGAUUGAUGCAUUUGGGCCAUUAUCUUUUUAUGUGGUAGUGUUGAGUAAGUGGAUGUUUGUCCGAUUCAGUGUAAGAAAUUGUUCUAUUCAGGAAAUAAGCAGUGGAGGCGUGUAACUGGAA